CGCAUGUGCGACAUUCGCCCCCGCUCAGUGUGAGUUUCACCCGCUUGGUCCGCAUGCGCACCCUUAACGCACUCCGCUUUUAAUUUUAAUACGUAUUACGACUCAGUUCAGUUAAAACGCAUUUUGAAUACUACGCAUCCGCUUCGCAUCCGCCAAAAAUUCAGUUUAGUUCUCUACCGCAUCGCUACGCCGCUUCAGAAGCACCUCCGCUGUUAUUGUCGCCUAUAAUUAGAGAGCACAGAUACAGUUCAUCAUAAAAAUGAAAGAAUUAAUGAUACAGAUAAAGAUUUAAUUAGGAAACAAGAUUGUAAAGAAAAUAAAAAUAAUGAAAACAAGAAUUUCAGCUCGAGAUCAUCGGCAACGACGAGUUAUAAAUAAAACCGCAACACAUUACAGAUAACUCAUUUAUUAUUCAUUAAUAUAAUGGUGAAGAUGAAGAAUUUCUUACUUAUUCUAAUUUUUAGUCAAGUUGCCAAAACACAACUGCAUUCUCCAACUUCUAUAAAAACAUUGAUGAGUGACAUUGCAGAAAUUAAAAAAUCUAUUUCCGAGUUGGGAGAGAAAACAAAGAGGUAUGAUGAUAUUGGUUCAUAUCAACCUUUUUUUUAUUCAUUGGUUAGUACUCUUCAGCUAUCGAUUAAUAAGUUAUCAUUCCUUGAUGAAAAAAUAAGCAUUAUUAGCAAGGUUGAACCUAAAAUAAAUGAGUUAGAAGAUAAAUUUGAACGUUCGUUUAAACAAAUCAAUAACAAAUUAGACGAAAACAAGCAAGAUGAAGUUUUCGAAAAAAUUUUAAGUAAAUUAAAUAAUGUUGAAAACUUUGGAAAUGUUUUAAAUGAAAUUGUCAAAUCUCAAAAUGUAAAAAUUCAAAAAUUAUUUGAUGGCUACAAUAAAUCAAAAGUAGCAGAGGAAGAGUUUGUAAAAGUUAAAUUGAACGAUUUAAAUUCAAUACUGAAUCAAACUCCGUCAAAACUUGAUGACAUAUCAACAAAAAUUAAUAUACUAGAAAACUCUGUUAAACAAAUCAAUAAUAAAUUAGAGGAAAAUGAAGUUUUCGAGAAAGUUUUAAAUAAAAUAAACAACUUGGAAAAUAACACAGAAAAUUUAAUAAAUACCUUAGAAAAGAACGACGUCGAAAACGUUUUACGAGAAAAUUUAAAAUUUCAAAACGUGAGUAUACAAAAAUUAAUGGAAAAAUGUACAAAUACGGAAGACACACAAUUUAUUUUACCCGACUGUUUUGAUUACACUUCUUUAAAUUCUAUUAAAAGACUUUCUCUUACGUCAAAGUUUUAUGCAAGUUUCCACAACGGUACAAAAUUAUGCGAAAACGGUUGGUUAGUGAUUCAAAGACGGGGUAAUUUCGAGCAGCAAGAAAAUUUCAUUAGAUCCUGGAACGAUUACAAAUAUGGGUUUGGCGAUUUAAAUAAAGAAUUUUGGCUUGGGAAUGAUUUCUUACACCUGUUGUCGCAUCAAAAUCACUUAAAAUUGCGAGUAGAAUUGGAAAAUUUCGUUGAGAAAAGAAGCUGGGCCGAAUAUAAAUCAUUUAAAAUUGGCAAUGAAGAUGAAAAUUAUCGACUACAAAUUACAGAUUACAGUGGAACGGCUGGCGAUUCUCUUUCUUAUCAUAAUAACGUAAAUUUCAGCACCUUCGAUAGGAGGAGUAAUGGUGAUAUUUGUACCUUAAUCUUUAAUACUGGGUGGUGGUUCAAAUUGUGUAAUGGAAAUUUAAAUGGAUUGUAUUAUAAAAAUGAAACGACGUCCCACGACGGAGUGCGUUGGAGUAAUCGGUUGAAUGUUUCUUUGAAGACAGUUAAAAUGAUGGUAAAACCAAAAGAGAAUUCAUCAAAAAUUAAAUUUUCUUUCUAAAACGUAAGAAUGUGUUUCCCCACUUCUAUUAUCAAACUUUUAUUUUAUCUUAUAAUAGAUUUUAUGUUUUCAGUAAACAAUAAAUAAAAUUAACAUAUAA